UGAUUUCCGUCCGUUUAUCUUUUGAAAUAAAAAGUUGGUCGUUUCUCACACGAUUUGCUUUUGAUUAUAAUUAAUUCAAUUUCUAAUAAUCAUAAUGUCUGAAAAAACUCAUUCUUCACGUUUGUCGUCGUACAAAAGCGCAGGACAUGGAACAACAGAUCUCCGUCGCAAACGUGCAGAGCUCAGUGUGGCUCUCCGCAAGCAGGCUCGCGAUGAACAGAUCCUCAAGAGAAGGGCGAUGUCCCCGGAGGCCGGGGAGGGCCAGGAUAAUGAGAAAGUCUUCACUCCUGCAGAGAUUGUGCAAGGUCUUCGUGCCCCAGACCUGCCAACGCUCACAGCAUCAGCUCGGGCAGCUCGCCGCAUGCUCUCCAAGGAGCAGAACCCUCCCAUCACACCGAUGGUCAGCGCUGGAGUCAUCAAGCCUUUGGUGGAUGCCUUGGAUCGGGAUGAUUGCCCUGAUCUUCAGUUUGAAGCAGCCUGGGCGAUCACCAACAUUGCUUCCGGCACCCAUGAACACACCAUGGCUGUUGUUGAUGGCGGAGCCAUACCCAAACUAGUCGCUCUCCUAGCCCAAGGCGGCAUAGUAGGCGAACAAUGUGCCUGGGCUCUCGGCAACAUCGCUGGCGACGGACCACAAACCCGGGACGCCGUGCUGUCCCAAGGAGCCCUAGCUGUCUUACUGCCUCUGAUGACCAGUACCACCACCUCCACCCAGCUGAGAACAGCCGUGUGGACUUACAGCAACUUUUGCAGAAACAAGAACCCAUUGGUGAAAUUCGACUACGUGGCUCCCGCCUUGCCCUACAUAGCCGAGCUUUUGGAGAUCGCCGAUCAAGAUGUUUUGGCGGAUGCAUGCUGGGCCCUAUCCUACCUAACAGACGGGCCAAACGAACGCAUAGAAGCAGUCCAGCUGACUCCCAACCUACUCCCCAGAGUCAUUGCAUUGCUAGAGCACAAGUCCCCAGCAGUCCGCACCCCAGCACUGAGGUCUAUCGGCAACAUGCUCACUGGCUCUGAUGAACAGACAGACCGAUGCCUAGACGCCAGCUGCCUCCCCCCCAUCAUGUCUCUCCUCCGCUGCGGCAAGCCGUCGCUCAUGAAGGAGGCCGCCUGGGCCGUCAGCAACAUCCUCGCCGGCACCCAGCAGCAGAUCCAGCGAGCCAUACAGGGAGGAGUGCUGGGGCAUUUGCUGCAUGUGCUUGCCACUGAGGAUAUCAAAUGCCAAAAAGAAGCAGCCUGGGCGAUCACCAACCUCUGCUUAGGCGGAACUCCUGAGCAGCUAGACGCCCUCAUCACCGCUGGAUUCUUGGAGCCCUACUGCUCUUUGUUACAUGCUGCAGACCACAGAGCCAUUUCUGUUGUGUUGGAUGGACUUACUAACUUGUUGCAGGCGGCUGUGAAAUAUGGUCAAGUAGACCCUCUGUGCAUGAGACUUGAAGAGAUUGGUGCUUUGGACCAAAUCGAAAACUUACAACAGCAUGAAAAUGAACAGAUUUACAAGAAAGUCCUGCACAUCUUAGACACAUAUUUCGGCGAGACUGACGACCCGAUCGCUCAGCCCGAGCAGACGGAAGCAGAAUAUCAAUUCGGAACCACUGGCAAUCAGAAUAUUAACUUUUAGUUCAUAAGCUUAUAAAUAACUGUAGUUUGUAAGAAAAAACUUUUGUUACUACUCUCUAAAUCUAUAUACCUAUAUAAAAGAAAGUAGUGUUUUAUAACUCAAGAAUGGCUGAACGGCUUAAGCUGAAAAUUAGAGGGGAGGUAGCCUAGACCCGGGAGGAUAUAGGAUAAUUUUUGUCACCAUCCGGGACGCGGGCGAAACCGCGUGUAGAAGCUAGUAUGAUAUAAUAUAAAUAUACGUGUAACUCCUUCCCGCUCCGAUAACAUUAACAGCCUUACUUAUAAACGUUGCUUAAGCAUGUCUUAACUAACAUUUAAUCACUACUUAAGGCUUUGAGUAGUAAUUAGUUAAAAUGAUGCUUAGAAGAUGAUUAGAGAUUUUUAUAAGUAAGGCUGUUAGUCUAUAUGUUAUUCUGAGUUAAAGCUGUAUCAAAAUCUGUUCAGCAUUAGCAUGAUUAAUAAAAAAUAUCCAAAUACCAACUUCCACAUAUUAUUUUAUUAAUCGCAGCAGUGUUUGUAACACGAAAUUCCAUUGGUUAUUUAAAAUGUUCUACGCUCUGCUUCUGUGGAGUCUUGGCCUAUUGAGUGCAAAUGUAUUUAGAGAGUAGUUAUCAAACCUUUAGUUAUAAUAAACUCUCGUUACAGUACAAAAAAUAGAAAAAAAAUAUACAAUAAGAAAAUCAUUUUGUUUUAUCCAUAUUGACAACUUUUAAAAACAUCUGUAUUUCAGAAAUUAUUUUUAAGUUUUUCAAUUUGUUAAGUUGUGGUAGGAUAGAGGAAUCCUGUAUGUUUAUUCCUAAUUUAACCAAAAUAUCAAGCUGGUCUUGAUUCUACCUUUAGUGAGAUAAUAAUUUAAAUAUAAGUUCAUGCAUAAUUUAGUGAAAUUCAUCAUCUUCUUGCCAAUAUAUUUCUGUUCAUAUCAUGUCUUUUUUCCCAUACAUUGUCAUAAAUGUCUAGCUGUUUUACAUGUUGGGAUCAGCUUCCAGUCUAACCGGAUGCAGCCGAGUACCAGUAUUUUCUUCUCAAUACAGUUAUCAUUCCAUAUUUUUAUCAGUUUAACCAACUUCACGAAUAGAAGGAGAUUGUCAUCCAUUUGUCAUUUUCUGUUUCAUGUUAUAAAAAGGCUGAAAAAUCAUUUAGGGACCAAUUUUUAGCUUAACUUCAUUAUAAAACUGAUUUUUGAUAACUUUUUAGAAAUAAUUAUUUUUGCUACCUUAUAUAAUGUGGUCUUAAAAAAGUACUAGGUAUUAAUCACCGUCUAGAACAAAGUUGAAGUUCUAAACCCCGGUACUUUUUAAAACCACGUUCUAUUAUAAAGUAGAAAGUGCUUUUGAUACAAAAUAGUGCCUUUUUUUACUUAUAUUCGAAAAUACUUAUAAAACUCAAUAUAUGUCAAAAUUUUUGAAAUGUGUUGAUCAAUUUUCGAGCUUAUCAGAACUGAAAUUCUUAUAGUUAUUGUUGUAAGUUUUUUUUUUUAUAUUAAACGUGUUAUUUUUCGUAA